AUGGAGGCGGAGGGGGAGAUCGGUGUGAGCGGCGGUAAGAGGACCAGGGGGGAGGGCAUCGGCGGCGGCGGCGGCGAGCAGAUGGUGUCCGUCGGCAGCAACUGGGGCGUCAUCGAGCUGGAUGCUCUGGACUGCAGCGUCUGCUACGACAUCCUCCGGCCGCCGGUCUUCCAGUGUGUUAUGGGCCAUAUCAUUUGUUCGUCCUGCUAUGGCAACCUCCUGAACAAGGACAAGUGCCACGUGUGCUCGAUCACCGGCGGCUACAACCGCUGCAUUGCGGUCGAGCAGAUCCUAGAGUCCGUCCGGGCCCCUUGCUCCAACACCAAGUACGGGUGCAGCGUCAAGACGCAUUACCACGAGCUGAAGGAUCACGAGAAGUCAUGCCCCCGCGCGCCUUGCUUCUGCCCUGAAGCCGGGUGUGGCUUUGCCGGGUCCACCGGUGUGCUCCUGCGCCAUUUCACGGACGACCAUGGCUGGCCAUCAACUGAGUUCAAGUUCGGGUGUGAAUCGGUCCUGCAGAUCCUGGAAGGAAUGCAUGUUCUCCACAGCAGAGAGGGUGGCCGCCUGUUCCUGGUGAAAUUCACGCCGGUGCCGCCUUUCGGCAAUGCCGCCUCCAUUUUGCGUGUUCAUCCUCAUGCCCUUGUGGGGGAGCGCAAGUUCAGGUGUCAGGUUGGUUACAACUGCGACACCAUUGGUUGGCAUCAGUAUUCAAAUCUCCAUCCCAGAAGCACCAAUCUGUCCAACGGCUUACCGGUGGACGAUGGCAGUUACUCACUGGUUGUGCCAGCUGUUCCUGCUUACUUGCCCGCUGCUAACAGCAUCAAGGUCACUAUCUCGAGGGUAUCUUGA